AAAAUAACAGACAUUGUUGCUGCAGUUUAGGUGGGAUCUUGGUCCUUGGAGCGAGUCGACCUCUUCGAGUGGGAGGACGGAGGUGUAUCAGUCAGUCCACACACACUCUACAAGAAGUAAGAUAGUCAAGUAGCGGCGGGCAUUAUCACCGCCGGUGAAUCGUAGAGUCGGUCACUCGCUGCAAUAGAGUUCAUUCCGGGAGCUUAGUACCCCCAGAUCCCUAAUUAUCGACUCCACUCCCGGGAGCUUAGUUCCAAAUAUGGGCGGUAACGGAAUCCUAAAAUCAUUCUUGUAAUUGUCUGGGGUUUCUUUUUUUGCUGUUUCUGUCUUCCAAAUCGAUACAUGGUUACAUCUUUUUGAUUGCGAUGAUAGUCGCUAGGGUCUUAUCGAAUUCUGAAUAUUUUGGCUGCCGGCGAAUUUCAGGGUUGAAGCCGGCUUCCGCUCGUUCAACUGGCAGUAGUAGUUUAUGGUUGUCUUCAAACCUGAGCAAGAGAUGGGCGGAGCUUUUCUUCCUUCUCUAUACUCCUUUCUGGCUCACGCUAUGUCUGGGCAUUAUCGUCCCUUACAAACUCUACGAGAGCUUUACGGAGCUGGAAUAUUUGCUUGUGGGCUUGGUUUCUGCACUUCCUGCUAUCUUGAUACCAGCAUUGUUUGUUGGAAAGGCUGAUAGAAGCUUGGCACUGAAGGAUCGCUAUUGGGUUAAGGCAAGCGUGUGGAUAAUCAUUUUUAGCUAUGUUGGAAACUACUUUUGGACCCACUAUUUCUUCACUGUGCUGGGAGCUCAAUAUACAUUUCCGUCAUGGAAGAUGAAUAAUGUUCCACACACAACUUUUCUUUUGACUCAUGUUUGCUUUCUGUUCUAUCAUGUCACCUCAAACAUGACACUUCGGAGGCUACGACAUGCUACUGUAGAUUUGCCAGGCCCAAUUCGGUGGGCAUUUGAGGCAUCUUGGAUAUUGGCUCUUUCCUAUUUCAUUGCAUACUUGGAGACAAUUGCCAUUGCCAACUUCCCAUACUAUGACUUUGUGGAUCGAGAAGCCAUGUACAAAGUUGGGUGCUUGUUUUAUGCCAUCUACUUCAUCGUUAGCUUCCCUAUGUUUCUGAGAAUUGACGAGAAGCCAAGUGAUUCAUGGGACUUGCCAAGGGUAGCUGUUGAUGCUCUGGGAGCUGCAAUGCUGGUUACAAUAAUACUGGACUUAUGGCGACUGUUUCUAGGGCCGAUUGUACCUCUUCCUGAGACAAAGCAAUGUCUCCAGCCUGGGCUCCCCUGGUUUACUGGACAUGUCAACCAGACUUAGGAGUGAGUAUUAGUAUCUGCUGCUGUAUUGACCGACUCCUGAAUCAGGGAAAGUGCAGGCGAAAUGUAGAGGUUGAUGUAACUUGAUGUUGUAGCCUUACAUCUCUGGCCCUUGGUUGGAGGCUCUAUUAGUUUUGAACAUCAGAGCUUAUGGACCAUUUGCGGGUCUUUCUUUCCUUUCCCGAGGGCAAAGGUGGUUUUGUUUUCUUGAAGUGUUGCUUAUUUAUUAACAGUCUCAUCGGCUACUGAAAUAUGAAACUAGGGAGUGGCGAGAUCAGAGUUUGUCAUGCCCUCGACCAUCUCUAAUGUGAUACUGGUACCUACAAUUAUCCACUCAUAGAUAA